GUCAUGACAGUCAUCAACAGCAAGAAGAUACAGCCGAAGACAAUCGCGACGACAACGACAACAACAGCGACAACAAACAAGCCAUGGCAGGGUUGAUCGCAGGCUUGGGCGCGUUCCUCGGCGGCGCGUUUGCGGUGCGCAAGGCAGAGCAGGAGAUUGACGACCUCGUCUCGGACAAGAACGAGGCCAAGGCAACCCGCAAAGCAGAGUCUGUGGGCCGCCAACUGGAAGACACAAAUGCCAAGCUCCGUGUGAAGCACGAAGUGGAGCGGGAGCGGCGCGAUCAGCGUCGCCUUGACAUGCGGUACAAACACGGGCUCGACACACAUGCGUCCUCCUCCUCAUCGUCGUCGUCGUCACAUGGCAGAGCCCAGCGUGGCAGCAGCAAUGAUGCCGGUGCCAGCGUCCCAAACACGGUCGAGUUUGAAGUGUCCGGCGUCUUUGGCAAAUCCCAGCACAAUGUGAUGCGUGCCACGGCCGCGCGCAGUGCAUGA